UGGGUGUUCGCAGUUGGAGAAACCCGUGAGUGGUAGUGUGAUGACGCUGUCCGGUAAUCGUGUAGCCUACUCUUGUUCGGAGGGAUUCUCUCUCGUUGGUCUUCCUGUGAGAACUUGUUUUUGUGGGAAGUGGUUGGGGAACGAAGCAGAAUGUGUCCGAGACGGUGAGUGGAGUUCGUGGUCUCUCUGGAGUCAGUGCACUCGCUCUUGUGGAGGUGGAAUCCAGACUCGCGAAAGACUAUGUAACAAUCCAGUACCUGGAAACCGGUUCGGUGAGUGCUUUGGAGACAACCAAGAGACAAGAAACUGCAGUACAUCUCCCUGCUCAGCAUGUCCCAUUCAGGGAACUGUUACCGUAUCGGGGCUGGUGAUAUCUCUCUCUGCUGAUGCUCAGUCUGUAGAGUUGUCAUGUUUGGAUGGCUUUGCGCUCUUUGGUAAUUCCACGAUACCGUGUACACACUUCAGUAUCAGCAACAUCUCUACCAGGUGUAUUCCAACUUGUUCUGAUCUACCUAAUCCUGCCAACGGAAUCGUGGAAAUUGAGGGUGGGGUUAUCGCAAGCUAUCUUUGCGAUGUUGGAUUUACUCUAAUUGGGCCAUACGAGCGAUACUGUGAUGAAGGUGUCUGGGCAGGAGUAGACCCAGAAUGUGUGCCAGACAGAAUUGUUCAACCUGGAGACGAGAAUGUUCUCCAAGUUGGUAUCAAUCCCCGUAUACGUGUGGGCACCGGCGUGUUUGACGUUUUGAGUCCUGAGGUCUUAGUCGUACAAUGCAAUGCCACCCUAACAUUCAACUACCGUACAUCACUGAGCGGUGUGCCAAUAACGGUUACAGCUAGUUUGAAACUGUUGCGUGAUGACGACACACUGAGCAACGAAUCAAUCGCUUCGACGACUGUUCGGCUCGUUCGGCAAGUGGCGUCGUCCGAAUUCGAGUACGUUUGUUUGCCAUUGAUGUGUGCAAACGGGUCAGCGCUGUUGUUGGCGAGCAUUGCAAGAGUGCAGGUGACCGUCGUGGUUCCGGAUGGAACAGCCGAAGUUACGGAUGUCGAUUUUCGGGAAGAUCGGACUUGUGAUGCUCAGCCAUCAGAAGAUGAUGAAGAAUCGGAAGUUGGGACGUGUGACAAUACUACUGCUAGUGGUGACUGUGGAUUUCGAGACACUGGAUGUGGUGCGGGCGGUUUUGAUGUAACUUUAACUGCUGACGAUGACACACUGACAUUGCCAUUACUGAAGAAUCGUACAUUUGGAGUUUGUCAGAUGUACGCUUGUGUGCCUUGUUUGAGUGUUUCUGGAUUUGUGGCGUCUGGGAGAUCUACCCCAAGUGCUAAGAGUUCGCCUAGAAGACGACGAACAACGUCGGUUUUUAUCACAAGUGGAAAAUCACUUUGUCUCACUCCGACAACAAGCUACGUAAACGCAGAGCAGACGAGUCGCUACGUCACCGUGGGCUCCAGGAACGAGUAUCUAUCGUUCGACUAUCUAAUGUUUAAGAAUGGCAUGCACAUGCUUGUUAUUUACCUCACCUGUAUCGACCAUUUAAGUCACAUUCAUCUCUCGAGCAGCCAAACGACCUUCACAAUCAAUAAUUUUACUGGAGACCAGACAUCCGGGACGGCAUGUCUCGAACUCCACAGUCAUAUUGAUUUUUUCGAGAAGAGCAACGGUUUUACUUGCACUAGGUUUGCUUACGUUAUUCAAGGGUCGGCUCUAUCGUCGUCACUUUGUGUCAGCAACCUUAGGUUCCUUCAGAAAAUUAGAGUGGGUUCGUCCAGAUGCAGGACGGUGAUGAACGCGUAAUGUUUACAAUUCCUGCAACUGACCGAGACGAGACUCUAGAGAUUUACAUGUAACAGGUGUCUGCGCAUGCUCAGCGUAAACGUUCUUGUCUAGGUGAGUAGGUAUGUAGGUUUAGACGUCUACAAGUUAGAGAUGUUGAACUAGAGUAGAAUAAAGAUGAGAUGAAUUAAAUUUUUAGUUGAACAUAUUCGUCGCGCUUUGCUGUGACUCAUUCAGCUACCUAGCGGUU